AGCCUAUUUGGAGAAGUCUGCUCUUUUGGAGGCAGUAGAUGGAAAAUCUGUCUCUGGAAUAGUAAGUACUUACACUUCUUUUUGAGUUCUGAAUCAUUUUUGCUUUGGGUUAGUGUCUCUGUGGCAGUCCAAGGGCUUGAAAGAUAGAUGAAAAAGGCAGUGUUUAAGGCUUUUUUUCAGCAUGGUUUAUUGUGAGGCAGAGCUGGGAUCAAAAACCUGUUGAUCACUAUCAGUUGUAGCUUUCCAUACCCUAGAGGUAAUCCUGUCAGAAGAGUGUCAUGAGACCAAGACUACUUCACUUUUCCAGAGACAAGUUCCUUCCCAGAGAAUGGCUUGAUUCUGUUGCCCUUUCCUGUUUCUUGAUAUUGCAGGAGAUAUUUUCUAUUGCUGAGGUGGAAACAAGUGAACGUGGGAUUGUAUUUUUGCCUCUCCAAAAGUGAAAAUGUAGAGGUAGGCUGUUCUAUGGACUAGGGCUAUGAAUUUGCCCUCUGAACUCUUACAGGUAUUGGCAUGACUGUAUGCCACAUAUGCCAUACUCUUCUUGUUAUAUGAGAUCAGAGAGCAAAAGUAGGAAAGUGCCUCUGGAGAUACGUAUUUUAGCCGUUAACCAUCUGCUGAUCUCAGAUUGACGACUCAAAACACUGUAGGAUGGAUUUUGCUGAUGAUGACUUAUGUUCUACCUUGCAUUUUGCUCAGAAACAGCUUUAGGCUUCUCAAAACAAACUGGUGUUACAAACAAUCAAGGCACAAAAGAAUUUGUUUCUUGGCUCUGGUAGAGCAAGCUUUUGUUUUAUGGCAUAGGUGGUGAUGCAAAGCUAAGUGAACAGGCAUGCAUUGUACUCCUCUAAGCAGGGAAAACAGUCUUUUUCUAAAAGUCUCUUUUGGAAACUAUUAGGCCAUUAGUGAAAAGCCCACAUUUAAAAGGUGACCCUGACAUGCCAGACUGGGAGUUGGAAAUCCAAGCAUGUUCCUGUGUGAGCUGACAUCAACAGUACAUGGCUAUUGCAGCAAUGUCUGGCACAGGUUGGAACGGACAGCUCCAGGGAAGGUGAGUGGUUGAGUGGCCGCCCUAAAGUGCUGCGUCUGCACAUGGGCCCGUACCUGUUUGUAGACGAACAGCCACUUAACUGUGAGAAGAAAGGGAGGAGAAAUUAGGGUGAAAUGUGCUCCUGGGAUUUUUAUUCAAGGAAGCUCUCAUGUGUGGUAGAAGCAUGAUGAAGGUGUUGUUCUGUGAUGAGUGUGUGACAGUACUGGAGAUGGAAGAGUGCGUAUGAAUUGCUUAGAUCAAUAUGUUUCAUAUCGUAUGUGUGGAAUGGAUUCCAAAAUUGGAUUAACAGAGACUUCUGGAGGGUGGUCUUCUUUUCCAGAGUCUAAAACAUACCUGAAGGGUAGUUUAGAACUUGUAUGACUGUUGUCUCUUCCUGGGCUAAGUCCGGAUAUGAUGGUGAAAAGCAGCCAAAGGAGAAAAAAGCUUAUUUUCUGCAUGUGCAGGUUUGUGUUUAUGGCUAAGUUGUUAUUAGCUGAUCCAUUAAAUUAAAACUAUCUUUGUUACCACAGCUAAUUAGACAUUGCUUGAGUUCACUGGAGGGAAGAUUUCUCUGCCAAAGGAUUCCCAGAGUGAAACGUUCAACAAAGGGAGCUUUUUAGUUAGACUACAGAUCUGGAGCCAGGUACAUAAAUGAUGGUUUUUGCUCUCCAGAGUACACAGCAGCUCCACAUCAUCUCUACAAGAACAGACAGGUCCUUCACAUGUGCAGAACAUCAAACUAUUUGUGUAGCUGUUGUGCUUAGGUGGCAGUAAGGUGCUGACCAGGUAACCUGCCCUUGCUGAGCCUGCUUGAUCAGAGAAGUUAGACUGGGUGAUCUCAGAAGGUCUUCUAGACCUCAGCAGUUCUGUCACCAAAAUUGUUAACCACAGAUUCUCCAGAUACAACAUUAGGAACAGUAAGGCCAAGCAGAAGAAGGUCUGUCAGUCUUCUGAAUCAUGUAUUGAGGGCUCUCCUUUAUGUCACUAUCUGUUUUUUUUUUUUUUUUACUCUCUGCAUUAGUUCCAUCUUCAUGAAAGAGUUAUUUAUGAUCUCACUCUAGUGAGAUCUAGCAUCUGUGGUCUUUUGCCUGUAUGAAAGGCCAGCUGAUGUUCUUUUAGGGCGUACUGAGUCACACUGCAUUUUUGCAGCUGUAGAAAAUGUUGUUUGCUUGAGAAUGUGCUUGCUGGCUCCUAGUUUCAUUUUGUGUCUCCAAACAUUACUUUUCAAUCUUGCAGGAUUUAAGGCCAGAAGGCACCAUUUGAGCCAAGUCUGGUCAGAGCUGCUUAUGCUGUUCAUCCAGGCAUGUGCCUUCUCACUUCUCACUCAACCACACAGCAAUGGUUUAUCAGAUAUCAUCUUGCAAGUAUCUUGUCUAAUGAUCCAUGUAAAUGGUUUGCUUCCGCAUGUGGCCACUGAAUGGUCACAAACAAAAAUAUAACUCCCUACCCUCUCAGCAAGGACACACUGUAUGUAUGAGGCAAGCUGUCCCAUCAGCGUGGCAGGUGGCUUGAACCUGCAGGAAUCUGCUUGCUGAAUUAGUGAGCACAGUGGAGAAAGUCAUGCACAAAACUGCUUUUGUUUUUUUGUUUUUCUUUUUCAGACUGAAGAUUUGCCUUCCAGAGAGGUGGUGGAGUCACCAACCCUGGUGGUGUUCAAAGAGCAUUUGGGUGUUGUGUUGAGGGACAUGGUUUCGCGAGAACCAUUGGUGAAGGGUGAAUGGUUGGACUGGAUGAUCCUGUGGGUCUUUUCCAACCUUAGUGAUUCUAUGAUUCUCUAUAUAAAAGUCUGUUGUAGGUAGAAGAAUCUGUGCUUGAUGAGGACAUAUAAAAUAGGAGGAGGAAUUGAAUGUGAGUUUCUUCAGAGACGGAUUUUCUGAGGAAGCAGAAGUUGCCCAAUAUCUCCUUCAGGUUAAAUAUUCAAAUACAAAUGGUAUUUUUUUUUUUUUUCAAUUAAAAAGUUAUUGAAGUGUAUUGCAAGGCUCAGGGCUCUGCAGCGCCUCAGUUCCUCAGCACGGGAGAAGCAGCAGGAUGUGUUCCAUGUCAGUGGCCACCACUCCUGCACUCAGUUGUGUAACAUUACUGCCAAGCAUAAGGAAGUAUUUAUUUAUUCAAGAAGUUAUGUAAUCUUGGAAAAUGCAGGUCACGAGGAACUUCUUUUCUGUCCUCUUCAACUCUUCCCAGCUACUGUCUCAUUUCUUUGCACUGGUAGCAAGGAGGACUAUGCUGCUCACUUCAGCUGACAAAGAAGCACUACGAAAUUAUUAGCAAAGGAGUCCUGACUGAACGUUGUGCACAGUAAGAUUGUGCUGGGCUGUUCUAGCAUCCCAGCAAGUCCUGUUGGACCACUGGGAUUUAAGCCAUCCUGCCUUAUCUCUGCUUAAAUACAGCGCAGUUGCUGGGGGCAGGGGAGGCCCUCAGGUUUCUGUUCCCGGGUGCUGAGUACUGGGUGUGCUGAGAGCUGAAGACCAAUUACUGCGCUCCUGCUCCAUGCCCUUGAUGAUCUCAGGAAGAGAGAUGGAACUGUGAUAAAGCGGGCUGCCAGACUGCAGGCUCAGGAAGGAGAGAAGGACCCCCUGGCCCAGUUCUCACUAUCGGAAACACUGCUGGAGAUCGAGAUCUUACACUGUUAGGGUCCCACUUUUCCACGUGCCUUUUUGAAUGCCUCUGCAAUAAAGAUGUCUCACCACAUGAUGAACAGCUCCAUGUUGCCGACCACGCAUCCUGAACAUCACCAUUCUACAGCAUCUUCAGGAGGUGGUCAUGGAUCUGGGAUGAUGAUGAUGGCAAUGACUUUCCACUUCAGCUAUGAGAAUGUGCCGUUGCUGUUUUCUGGUCUUACAAUCAAUACUCCUGGAGAAAUGGCUGGUGCUUUUGUGGCUGUCUUCUUCCUAGCCAUGUUCUAUGAAGGCCUUAAGAUUGCCCGGGAGUGUCUGCUCCGCAAAUCCCAAGUCAGCAUUCGCUACAACUCCAUGCCAGUGCCAGGUCCCAAUGGCACUAUCCUGAUGGAGACACACAAAACUGUUGGACAGCAGAUGCUGAGCUUCCCUCACCUCCUGCAGACUGUACUGCACAUCAUUCAAGUUGUGGUCAGUUACUUUCUUAUGCUGAUCUUCAUGACGUACAACGGAUACCUCUGCAUAGCUGUGGCAGCAGGGGCAGGGAUGGGUUAUUUCUUCUUCAGUUGGAAAAAGGCGGUUGUUGUGGAUAUCACUGAGCACUGCCAUUAAGACUGGACGCUGCCCAGAAGCCCCUUCAUCCCACUGCUCUCUUAAAAUACAGCCAGCAUGAAGACUGGAUCAUCCUACGCUGAAAGAAAAGACAUAACAAACAUCUACUGGAAUUCACCACAAGUUCCUAGCUGGGGUGCAGGGAUGUGAGAAGCUGGGGUAUGCAAGACCCCCAUGCUGCAAGUUGGCAGCUCAAGAGUCCCAUGAUAGCUGUUCUUGGCUAGGAUUUGCUUAGUCUCAAAUUAUGCCAUGACAGAAAUGUAGAGUAUUCUCUUUUUUUCUUUUUUUUUUUAAUGAAACAUUUUAUUCCUAAAUUGUAAAUGCUUGUCUGUGAGAAUUUUAUGAACAAUAGGUAAAGAUGGGAGUCACCAAUGGAGCCAGUGUGUGCAAAUGGCUAUUUUGUUUUUUUAAUAUGUACACAAUGCCAGGGGAAACCUCCCUGGCAUUGUGCCUUUUGGGGCCAAUGACACCUUCUAACACAGCGUUUUGCAGAGGAAGACGUGGUGCUGCUUAUCAGACACACUCAGGUCUGUCCCAGCAAGUGAGUACUUGAACAGAACUAUGUAAGCCCUGUGCUUUGGAGGGUCAAGAUGAGUCUGUCCUCCAACCCCACCAGAGCUAUGAUGAAUGUUGCUAGACUUCGGAUGCAUCCAUCAGUUUUACUCGGCUUCAAGUGGUAACAUUUCAGUUUGGCUGCUUUCACUUCCCAAUCACUGCAAUGUAUGGAGUAGAUGCAGGACAAAAAUUACAUAUUUACAGAGCAAAAAGAUUUUAAAUUGACCAAUGAACCUAUACUGACUUCAGGUUGGGUUGCACCUGAAUGGGUCUAGAGCUAGACUUCUGGCUUACUAACACUAAUUCUGUAAAUGAGGUAAGAGAGAGAUAAUUUCAUUACACUGAAGGCUAAAAUGUCACAAUAGGGUGUUCCUUGAGUAAAAUGAGGGAAAUAAAAUAACUGUGUUCCUGUAAGAGAGGAAUUUGGGGAAGAGAAAAAAGGAAAGGCUACAGCAGCCCUCUUAAUUCAGUUAAUUUGGAGUUGCUUGGGCUGAUUAAAAAAAAAAUAAUUCUAGAAGUAAAUGACUCCUCUUUUAGUAAUCAUGCUGUGACUUUGUUAGCUUGGAAGUGCAAAGAGUUGUUAGUACCAAUGGUGGACACCUGCAGUAGCACAGUCAAGAACUUUCCAUUCCGGGGUAUGAGCUUUACACAUUUCACAGGCAAACCAGGGUAGAUUUUUGGAUGGGUGAGGCCCAGAAAUUGCUUUGGGAGCAGUUUUGGUUUAGCACUUAGUUGUUAAACUGCUCCUGUUGCAGCAAGUGUUGUGCAGUUAGAGUACAGUGCAAAGCAGAAGUCUGUUCUGCCCAGGAUGCCCUCUUUCUGCCUGUAAAUGGAUGAAAAGGGGGAUAGUGGUAUUUUUAGAUGGCUAAGGAAAAACAGUCACCACUUGGACUGAUAACUAGGAUGUGCCAUGUGAGAACAGGGAAUCCUUUUGAGAUUAAAGUGUCUGGGUACAUGCAGUAGAAGUUCUUUUCUCUGAAGGUGCUACUAGUCACACUGUUACCAGCAGCAGAGUAAGGAAAGCUGACCUUUGUGAGGAAGGGUUAGGCUUCUUUAGCCUGUGUACGUUAUGAAGCCAGGCCCACCCUUCUGCUUGUGCUGAUGCUGCUACCACCAACGGAGCCUAUGUUCUUUGCAAGGCAGUGGGAAAUCUGUGACUGCUGCUGCCUGGCAUCCUGCUCAGCUCUUGAAUUGCGCCGUAUCAAGUUAGCCUUCCUGUGGGUGACCCCAAGUAUUUAUUUGUUCGUCUUGUUUUCUUUGGGCAGUGCAAAUACUGAACAAAAGGAAAAUUAAAAGCAAGCUCAGUUUUGUAGUUUCUUUCUGCAGCAAAUUUGUAUCCGAGUGAAAGAAGCAAAGCAGUAUUCACAGAAAAGUUCUGUACACCUCCUGAUGAGAAACAGGAAAAGCUCUUCCCCAGUCAGGUCUCUGGAGGGAGUUAUGUAUGUAGCAGACUGCAGAAGGACGUAGGUAGACCAUAACAUGCUCUUUUGUCUGCAUCUGUCACAAAGUAAAAACCAUUUGAGCCCUCUAAGCAGUCAUAUUUCUUUGUGAGAGUGGAAAACAGGCUCUUGCAAUCUCUGUGUGUGAGCUGUGAGGACAUCUUAGUGCUUGUCAGUGAAACAGAGCAGCUAUGUGUUGGAGUUGGCCGUGCUCUGAAAGAGUGAGAGACCUCUCCUGUAGAGACCUCAUCCCUGAUUUGAGUUGAUGUUCCCAGCACCAAUCUGUGUGGUUUCCCUUGAACAAGCUGCAGCUGCUGCUGUUGUGGGAAUGUGUGACUGUAGUGUGUUGACACUAGUUAAUUCAUAUACCUCUUAGUAUAUCUUUCUCUAAAAUAAAACUUCUGCUUGACUUGAUCUUGCUAUCAGUGAAGCUGUUCAGCCACCUUUCCUUUAGCAUCCAAGUACCCAGACUUGAAUUCUCUGAUUGGAACAAUCAGAGAAAGAUAAAUUGGGGAUUAUGCAAUAGCUGUGGCUUUUACAAUGUAAGUUCAGUUCUGCUAGCUUUUCUGCAUCACUGUAACUGUUGACAAUCCAGAGAAGCCACAUACCUCCCUGCGCCCCAGCCUCCCUCAGGCCCACCAGAUGCCACCAGCUGCUCUGCUGGCCCAGGCUGCUGCUUACUUCCCCAAACUCAGCAAAACCUGGCCACCCUGUUGAUGACUUGCACUGACUGCGUUUGAUGCAGUCCUGGCCUUUAUGCUGGCUGUAUUUAAAGUUGUCCUGAUAUUAACACUAAACUUGUGUUGAGUGGUGCUUGGAGGGAGGUGAGGACUCUAAUGAUUAUUAGACUGGAGUAAAUUCCAUUCAUAUGUCAACAUAUGUAGCAUGCUUAGAAUGUGAUUCCCAUGUCUGUCUCUGAGUGCAUCCUGAUGUUUUAUCUUGACACGCUGUGCCUCUGGAUUACCAGCUUGGAAGAAAUGCACAGGGUAUCCAGGCUGCGUUCAUCUGUGGGCUUCUGUUGUUUUUCUCCCAGUGCCUUCUCAGUUGGUCUGGAGCCAGUCCCAACAGAUCCAGAAGGAUGGAUAGUUUUGUUUACAGUGACUGUCACUUUUGAUUUUAUUCUUGCUCUUUGUGAAGGUAACUUGUCCAGUAACAAGUUCAAGAUCUCCUGUAUAUAAUUAACUAAUAAAAUAGAUUGCAUUUUACUGUG